AAGUAUUUUAGCCAAACAGUCUUUCAUAUAUUGUCUUGUCUCACCUUUUUCUUUAGCCGAGGGUCGAGAAAUCACACGAUGGAAAUAAUAAGAGGAAGUUUAGAGGAUAUUUCACGACCUGCAUCGAGUGAACAAACAGGUAUCCGAGUGUCGAGCGUGUCAUUGCCGCAUAAUGACAGAGUUUAUCCAACGACUCCAUUUUCACUUGUUGUUUUGAGCAACGACGAUACUGGUAUUCAGAUCCAGAGUUGCUCUAAAGAGACUGUCAUGGACUUAUCUGCCACAGGUCAUGAUAAAGGUCACGAAAAAGUUACUGAUGAAGAGAGAGAAGAUUCAAGACUACAGAGAGCCAUUGAGGAAAUGAGGCGACUUGAUGAAAUAUUGUCCGAAAAGAUCUGCAGAGAAACAGAAGUCAGACGUCAAAGGAAAGAACUUCAAGCAAGACUCUGGCAAGAGCUCCAGCAGAGUAUGCCUGAAGGUCAUGCUGAAUGUGCCCACGAAGCUUUGAACACAAGGUUGUUUUUGGCUCUUGAAUCACCCACAGGGACAGAGGAGGAGGCCUUUGUGCAUGUGUUUGAAACUGAGGUUCCUGAAUGUGACCACACCAGAGACAGAAAACACUCUGAACAAAGUGUAAAGAUGCCAGACAGCUGGACAGAAUCAUUUGAAGUAGGCCACAAGGAGACUGUUGAAGAGCAGUUUGAAGGCAGCCACAGUGGAGCUUCCAAAGGCAAGACAAAACAGAAGGACUUUGUCAAGAGAAACAUUGAGCUAGUAAGUGGCGAGGGGUGCCAGGUGUUUUUGACCCAGACAGAGAGGGAGCGUCUGAAUGAGCUCCUGCAAGGAGUAGACGAAGAGGAAGAAGAGAACGCCAAGGGGGGAGACAGCGAGGAUCUCACGUGGGCCAUUUCAAUCCCCACUGGCCAGGGUUACACCCCAGAGCCCUCUGAGCUGGAGCACCUGAACAACAUUGACUCCAAAAUUCACCUUUACCUCCCUGUGGAAGAACUUCUUUCAGUGCAAAGCUCAUACACAAGCCUUGGAAGGAUGUCCCAGGGCCAUGGUUCACGGGUCAGCUGGAUGUGCGACGGGGACCGACAGCCAGGAGAGAAGGUCCUGCAGGAUACAAAGGAGAGGAGAGGGCAGGAGAGACGGCUCCAGGAGAUCCAACAGCAGCUGGAGCUCCUGGGCCGGGGCCAGCAGAUGACUGAUGAAUCACCAGGCCUUACUGAGGAGCAGUUGCUAAGUCUGCUGGAGGAUUGUGAACUGACAGAAAGCUGGAUCCAGCAAGAUUUUAAAGUACUGUGAGACCCAAGAUAGACUUUUUGUGAAGCUUUGCUAUCAGGAUGUUUAUCAAAGAUGCUCCACUGCUGGGAUGACACUGGAGACGAAUUAUUGGAUCUUAGCAUAGUUAAAUAAGAGACUUUAACAUUUUCACAAAAGACAUUUUAGUCCUGCAAACAGCAAUAAUGGAAUACACUGUAAAGCCUUUGGAUUUGCAGGGUAUGGCUUUUAAUUAAUGAGACUGUCCUUAUGAGGAUAAAAACACAUGGGUCACACAGUGUUAUAUACUAAAGGUUGGGUAUUUAAGUACAACUGCUGUAAGUUUCCCAUAAAGGGACGUCUUGUGUUUACUGCGAGCUACUGAUUGAAAUGCAUGUAUUUGUGAUUUUGUGAAGGCAGAGAGGAUGUCCAAGAUGAUGAACGUCCUCAGCACCCACUUGAAAAACUUCUGAAAACAUUCAACAAAUUUGAACAAAUCAUUUGAAAGUCUUGACAAAUCAGUAUAAGAAUGAUAGCAGAAAUGGUCUCAACUGAUGAAGAGACAGUCUGGCAAAUUUUGCAUGAAAAUUUGAACAUGACAAAAGUGUGUGCCCAAGUUGUCUCAAAACUGACUUCUGACACCCACAUUUUUUUUAGGAGUGAUUACAAGCGAUGAAUCUUGGAUCUUUCAAUAUGAUCCUGAAACAAAACAGUGCAUUUGAAAACACCAUCAACACCGAGGAUGCAGGAUGCAUGACAAGCAACUGGCAUUGAA